GAGAGGAAACGACGAACGACGUCCAGGUUUCAGCAUCACCAACAACAGCACAGUGCUGUAGUCAACACAAACAGCCACCUCCCUCACUGUCUUCUCCUGCUCAACAAAACCUUUCCCAGGAGCAUCUUUUGUACCAGCAUUCGCUACUCAACCCUAGAGCACUUCCAUAAUCAACAUAGGCAUUCACGUCUAUCUGAAUCCCUCACUCACCCACAGCACAACCAUGGCCCGUCUAGCCUCGCUACUCGCUAUCCUCCUCGUCGCCUUGCCCCUGGCCUUGGCCGCUGAUCGUCUCCCCCCGGGUACAUAUCCAUGCCCAACCUUCGAGCCCAUCACCACAUGUCCCGAUGCCACCACUGCUCCGGAUCUCGCGGAGCAGCCUGCCGUGCAGUUCGGUCAGAUCAUCGAGUCGAGCCUUCGCGGCGAUCUCACGCGCACUGCUGGCUACGCGGGCAUGACUCCGAAGGACUGCUGCGAGGCGGUCGACGGCUCGGGCUUCUGGACGUGGUCCGCUGAGAGCAGCGACCAGAUUUACGGCUGGUGCGACAUCUGGCAGAGCAACGCGUGCGUCAGGUCAGGGAGCGAGCAAGGGAAGGUUUUCGACUCGAACCCGGCCUAUGCCUACACUUUCCUCAAGAUCGCCGCAUAAAUCAGUGCUCUGUCGAAAAUGAAAAUAGAGGUAGUUUCGCUUGUGUUAUUUUCUCUUGCAUUUCUUCGGUACAUGGUGUACACUACACAAACUACUAAAUAAUCGCAAGUGCCUGCUUAGUCUUGCUUAGAUACCGUGCAUGGGAAAACUUACCGUGCCAGGUGUUGCUGAAAUCAACUCUACCUAAACUUGCUGCUCAAAUCUCAGCUUAUCUUAAGAGAAUGGAAAA